UCAAAAAGGUGUCCCCUGUUAAUGAUGCAGUCACAUGUCGUCUCCCGGCACCGGCAGUAGCCGCACCACGUGACUACAGACUUUCUGGGAAUUGUAGUUCUAACACCUCAUGCCAACGCUGUGUGUACUGGGAAGGACUACAGCUCCCAUCAGCGCUUGCGGCGCAUUGGUGUACAGAGGCUUGCCCAGUGUUUGUCCAUCUGCCGGUGACACAUCCUGCUGCAGGGUAAGGUAUGAUCCGCUGUUCUCGUCAUGCAGAGGGAGACGUCACCUGAAGACCAGCCAUGGAGGUCCAGGUCCUGGAACAUAUUCGGCACUCGCUACUGAGUGACAGAAACAAAGACCUGAUCAUAGACAAGCUGCUGAGUCUCACCAUGGAGAUUAUCUGUCUGCUGACUAGAGAGGAUUUCAUUGUUGUGAGAAAGUCGGGUGACCAGGUGACAGACAUCAGCGGCCCCCCUGUGUCAGACAGAAGCAGCGGCACCCAGAGUCCAAACCCGGAGGCUCCACCUCAUGCGCCAACAGAGGAGAGGAGCCGUGACAGGAAUAGGCGGGCACCUACUGAGGUAUAUCCCAGAGAGACAGGAAAGGUGCCUGGGAAGUGUAAGGAUGUGGAGGUCUCGUUCUCUGUGACAGAGUGGGACUAUUCAGGCGGACACAAUGACGUUGUAAUGGACCCUCCGCAGCUGCGUGACUCAGUGGGUGAGUGUAGCUCUAGAAGCCCCCCAGGACGAUGUGAGACCCCCCUGUACUCUGGGGAUUAUAUAAAGGAAGAGAACCGGAUUGUCAUAGCGGAUUAUCAGGCUGAGCCGGGACACGGGGUGUAUCACCCGCAGUGUAAGGAAGAGGAGCCCGUCCCUGAUCCCACCAGCUCAGGUGGGUGCAGCUCUAGAACUCCGGCAGACCCCUGUGAGACCCCUCUGUACUCUCCGGGCUGUAUAGAGGAAGAGAACAGGACUGUGACACAGGAAUAUCAGGAUGAGCCGGGACACGUGAUAUAUCACCGGCAGUGUAAGGAAGAGGCCGUUCCUGCAGAGAUCAGCCCAGGUGGGUGUAACCCUACACACCCCGCAGACCCAUGUGACACCCCUCUCUAUACUCCGGGGUGUAUGGGAGAAGAGAACAGGAUGAUCAGCCAGGAUUAUCAGGCUGUGCCAGGAGACGGGAUGUGUUACCAGCAAUGUAAAGAAGAGGACGUUCCUGCUGAGAUCAGAUCAGGAACUGAGGCCGGUAUAGAGCUGGAUGCUGGUGAUCAUCGGGGGCUGCAGGAAUUCCUCCCAGAGUCCAGUGCAGGUCCGCACGCCUCCUCACACUAUCCUGAGAAGACGCAUCAGUGCUCGGAGUGUCAGCAAGGUUUCCCUAAUCAUUCAGCCCUCGUCACCCAUCAGCAGACGCAUAGCACCAGGUGCUCAGUCUGCGGAGUACGUUUCUUCUCCAAAUUGGCUCUCACCAUCCACCAGCGAUGUCACACCGAGGACAAACUUUCCCAUUGUUACAGUGGGAAAUCCUUUCAACAGAGGUCCCGUCAUCUGUCACAAAAGAGAACUCACACCGGGGAGGGGCCAUUUUCAUGCCCGGAGUGCGGAAAAUGCUUUGCCAGAAGGUCUGCCCUUACAACGCACCAGCGGCUACACUCUGGCGUAAAACCUUAUCAGUGCACAGGAUGCAGCAAAUGCUUUGUCACAAGAUCCCGUCUUAUCAAACAUCAGCGCACUCACUCAGGAGAGAGGCCAUUUUCCUGUUUGGAAUGCGGGAGAUGUUUUACACAGCAAUCUGCUCUUACUACGCACCAGCGGAUUCACUCUGGCGAGAAACCAUUUAAAUGCUUGGAAUGCGCCAAAUGUUUUGUCCACAAAGGCGACCUUGUCAAACAUCAGCGCUCUCACAGCGGGGAGAGGCCGUUUUCAUGCCCGGAGUGCGGCAGAUGUUUUAAACUCAGAUCUGCCGUGUCUAUGCACCAGAGGAUUCACUCUGGCGAGAAGCCGUUUUCAUGCACCGAAUGCGGCAAAUGUUUUGUCCGGAAGGGUGACCUUAACAAGCAUCAUCGCACUCACACUGGGGAGAAGCCUUUCGUGUGUUCUCAGUGCGGACGCUGCUUUGCUAACGGCUCACAUCUUUGCCGACAUCAGAGAGUUCACACCAGUCUAGGUGAUUAAACUUCCCGUUAUAUGCAGAACAAGGAUUAUUUACCAACUGGAAAAAAAGUGACUCAUUUUCCCACCAAAUAGUGAAUACAGUGAAAACAUCACUUGAAUUACUCCUUGGUUUGUUAUAUAUUGAGUAUGAGAGUGACAGGACAUCGGGACUGUCUGUUACUUCUUUGACUUUUUGUGUGCGAAUGUGGUGAUUACUUUUUUUUUUUUUUUGAAUCAUGGAAUUUUAUUAGGAGAAAUAAACAGAGUUAACAACACUCGGUAACAGAGGGAAUAACAGUACAAUAAAUGUGUUGUGGGUUAAAUGUCA